AUGGCCGUGCACAGCAACCGAUCGGCUUAUGGCCCGUUCGAUGAUGGGGAACUCGUGGGACAAAAGCGCACCGAUAGCACCGCAGAGGAUGCGGAGGAGCCAGCUAUGUCUGCCGUGAAGUCCUGGAACAGCUCAUGCACCGAAAAGAGCUGCGCAGAGCAGCACUCCAUGUUGUCGCUUCGGGGAGAGGAAUCCCGGUGGAUGAUCCCGCGACAGGAACUCCAGCUUCAGAAGGAGCUCAGCCGGACGCUGAAGAGCACCCUUUACCGUGCAAGCUGGCAUGGGACGGAGGUGGUGGUGAAGUGCGCGGGUCUGCACGAUGCCCAUGCAGCCCUGGCCAUGUCGAAUACUGGCGCUCUUAAGUCCGGAUCCAUCCCAGAGGAGACGGAAACCAUGGAGAUCGCGGCUGAGCUGCUCCACGAGAUUGACAUUCUGUCAUCCAUGAGGCAUCCCGACAUGGUUAUGUUCAUCGGGGCCUGCUUGGACCCGGAGCUUCCUAUCAUGUGUGUGACGGAGUUUAUGCCUGGUGGUGACCUAGAGAGCUACUAUGCUUCACAGAGGCAGAAGCACGACAGUGCCGUUUGGAGUCCGCGGCUAAGCACGGUCCUGGACUGGGGCUCGGCCGUAGCCAGAGCGCUCGUCUUUCUGCAUUCCCGGAAGAUGGUACACCGGGAUCUGAAACCUAUGAACCUGUUGUUGAGCAAGCACCUUGAGGUCAAGGUCUCAGACUUCGGCAUCAGCAGAAUGCUCUCUCUCAGCGAUGCUUACAGCAUGACAGGUGGCGUUGGGAGCUGGCGGUACAUGGCUCCAGAGGUGGUAAGGCAUCAGGCCUAUGAUGAGAAGGUCGACAUCUACGCCCUGGGAUUGAUCCUUUACUUUAUGAACUCUGGCUGUGCGCCCUUCCACCAGCUCGGGCGUGACCCUGAGCGGAUUCUCAUUGAGUUUCAAGCAGGUAAGGAGCCUCGACCGGUGGUCGCUGAUUGCAGCUUGCGAUUGCGCCCACUCGUGGCAUCCGCAUGGCAUGUUGACCCAGGCCAGCGCCCCUCCGCAGAGCACAUCCUCGAGUGGCUCGGGCGAGUAUCACAGCAAACAUCUUGCGGACCCUGCCGACAGAUGUGA